AUGUGUCUGAACAUCUCAAUUGCAGAACAUUGCCAAAACCCACAAAUAAUCUCAACGUCCUACACAACACAAGAUGCUACUAUCCUGAAACAUGUUGCCUACAUUGCAAAUUUCUACGUGAAAUGCAAGAAAGGAGAAGCAGGAAAUCUGUAUGCCGUUUUGGAGAAUAACAUUACACCCGUCGCUUCAGUUGGUGAAGGCAAAUACCAAGUUAGCUGGACUGAGGAUAUAAAAACAUCAAAAACGGGAGAUAUCACUGUGAACAUUUACGAUGAAGUCGGGUAUUCUUCCGUACGCAAAGCUCUGAGAGCAGGAGAGAAUCUUUUUACGGUACCCGUAUUUGCAAAGAUAGUUAUAAACCACCCUGGGGUGUAUGCAGGACCCUGGUUUUCUUGUGAAUUCUUAGCUGUUGGUUUUUCUGUCGUCAUUGCUUACAUGGCAAUACAUUUUAGAUCCAAGCUUCUGAGCUAA